AUGAGCAGCAAGCCCUAUCAAUGCCAGCGUUGCCCGCGGGCUUUUGCCCGUCUAGAGCAUUUGCAGCGCCAUGAUCGAUCGCGAGAGAAGCCUUAUGUCUGCGCGCAAUGCCCAAAGGCCUUCACGCGCAAGUCACAUUCUAGAGACCUUCUGGCCCGUCAUGAACGGCUUUCCCAUCAGGGGGCCAGCCCUGCCCGGCAGCAAUCGCCGUCGUCGGCUCAUCCAGUCUCCGAUGGACUAGAUACUCUCGCAUCGGUAGUGGCCGAUCAUGCUCAUAGCAGUUUCAACCCCCCACUUUCCGUACAUCGUACACCGAUGAUGGCCCGGAUGCCAAAUCCCGAUCCCCAAUCCGCAGAGCCGGCAAGUCCCAUGCCGGGAGCCGACUUUAGCUAUUCACUAGGCGGAAUCCCGCCUGGUCCAUUCGAUGGGAACGACUUUACUUCGUUUCUGGAUAGUGUACCGCUACCGAGUCACCCUUUUUCCCCAGCUUUUCAGCCUUUGCCACUGUUCCCGCCCGUGCCCUUCUCUCCAGUCACAGACUAUGCACAGUCUGAAAGAGACCCACCGACGGUCUCUACCCCAGCGUCCACACCAUCAAGCUCUGUUUUACCUCGACAUGGGGCGCAAUUGCCAUCUUUGCAGCCGGAAGGUUUCCAGCCAAGUUCAAAGACUCGACAACCCACGGGGUUCGUCCCGGUCACUGCUCAAUGCCGAGACAGGCUGCUUCAUUCCUUGAAGGAAUACUCUAAUGUAGUACCUAAUCCGUCCCUACCUUCACGACAUGCUCUAUCUCGAUGCCUCACAGGAUAUUUGACAGGGUUCCACGAUCACUAUCCAGUCGUGCACAAGCCGACUCAAGAUGUCGAGUCCAUGGGGGCUCCAGUGUUCUUAUCUAUGGCGGCUCUUGGAGCACGUUAUUGUCGAGAGCCAGAUACCAGCAUGCGUCUCUAUCAGCUCGCUAAGCCGGUCACUAUUGAGCAUUUUCGACGGGUUUAUCAGUCCGGGACCACGCUAGCGGCGAAUGCAACACUCGAUGUCGACACGUUUGAAACAACGCAAGCGCUUCUGAUGCUCAUCUCCGUGUCCUCUUGGUUCAUCAAUGACCCGCCCUAUCACGAAGCGUUAUCGAUCAGAAGCAUGAUGGGAAUGCUGUUACGAAAAGACGGGCUGAAUUUCUUGCCUGAUCAUGACGGCUCGUGGGCCAGUUGGGUCUGGCGCGAGCGCGUCAAACGAUUAAAACUCAUUGUUUUCUGUUUCUUCAACAUCCAUACAAUCGUGUUCGAUAUUCCACCCGUGAUUCUCACGGAAGAGAUGACGCUCGACUUACCCUGCACCGAAAAAGAGUGGCAAGCCCCCACGGCCGAGAUAUGGCAAGCUGAACGCCGACAAGCUUUCGGCGAGCCGAAGUUCCAGGAUGCGCUCUCCUCGCUUUUCUCUCCACAUAGCGAAAUCGAGCAAUUCUCGUCGCUCGGCGGCUACGUGUUGAUUCACGCAUUGCUACAGGACAUCUGGCUCAUGACCAAAGCCAAUCGACUCGCUCUCUCCCGGUACAGUCGCAUCAAGCCAGCGAUCGCUCCAACGCCCGAUCUCAUCGCAGUGGAACAAGCCCUCGAAAGGUGGUGCCAAUGCUGGGAACGAAACCAAGAGUCAUCGAUCGAUCCGCUUAGUCCUCAUGGACCACUCUCCUUUACUUCCGCCGCCCUGCUUCGGCUAGCGUACAUCCGUCUGAAUGCCGACUGCGGAUCAACAAGGCAGUUACAGACCUGGGAUCCCGUCCAAAUAGCACGAAGUCUCAAAGACAACCUGCACGUUCUCCGCGGAGAUAGACUUACGCGCGCCGCACUCCACUGCGCCCACGCCCUGAGCACCCCCGUCAAGCUAGGCAUCGGAUUCGUGGCCCACUCCCAGGUGGCGCUCUGGUCAAACCAGCACGCCCUUUGCUCGCUGGAAUGCGCCGUGUUACUGGCCAAGUGGCUCGAAGCCGUCACGGUCCCACAUCCAGAUCCCGGGCUGACGGAGCAGGAGACCCGCUUACGGGACUUUGUGCUGGAAAUGGUCAUGGAGGUGCAGCAUGGUGUGUCGCGCGAGUGGCUCCUGGCUACGAAUACCAGGCUCAGUGCGGCGGUGACCCGUCUCUGGGCGCGCCUUUUCACGGCGGAUUAUAUCUGGGAGAUGGUCAAUUUGAUUGGGCGGUCACUGGAUAGUUAUGCGGAUUUAUUGGAGGCUGAUUCGUCUCCGGGGUAUACUUAG